CCAUAUAACUGAUAUGGUCUGAUCAUUCUACGCUAACAAGAAAAAAAAAAAAACGAAGGAAAAUGGCAACAACAUUAGCUACCUUAUCAACUGUCGUUGGCCUGGGCAGUAGCUCACUGUCAUGCCCUAGUCCCAUUUCUUCUCCCAGGAGAGUCCCCCUCAUCUCUGGGUUUGUGAAAUCAGCAGUCACAGCAAGAAAUCCACUGAGACAAACCGGUGCUAAUGGAGGAAAGUUCAUGUGCUUUGAGAGGGAUUGGCUGCGAACGGACCUGAAUGUGAUAGGGUUUGGGUUGAUAGGGUGGCUAGCUCCAUCAAGCAUACCAGCCAUCAAUGGGAAGAGCUUGACUGGUCUCUUCUUUGAGAGUAUUGGUACUGAGCUUGCUCACUUCCCCACCCCUCCUCCUCUUACUUCUCAGUUCUGGUUGUGGUUGAUCACAUGGCACUUGGGCCUAUUCCUGUGCCUGACUUUUGGGCAGAUUGGGUUCAAGGGAAGGACUGAGGACUACUUUAAUUAAAUUAGGUUAAUUACUCUCUUUUUUAUUUGCAAUCUGCAAUUUCUUAAAUCACAUCAGCUGUCUUUGUUUCCUUUCUUCCAUGGAUAUGUAAUGUAAUGUCACUUGCUUAAUUAUUUACUUUAUUAGCAUAUGUUUGUUUUGCAAAUCACCUGAAAAAUAUUUUAUGUAACUAUUUAGCUAUAUUUCACUUUUU